AACGGGGACGACGAUCACAGCAACAACAACGACGACAACGAGAACAACAACAACAACAACAACAACAACAAUACCAACAAGCGUUGCUCCUCGGGCUCUUCGUCCUCUUCGAGCGCUCCCUCCCCAGUAGAGCACAUAUUAUAUGCCCGUUUCCUUGUUCUAUUAAUAGAGGGGGGGGCCGUCCUCGUUGUUCCCACGCUUUCGUUUCCAUAUUUGGAGCUCCCAUUGAUAGGAACAAGAAACCCGUUCUCUUCUCCUCGCCCUCUUCUGGGUUCACGUCUUUUGGCCUUAUCCGACGGUUUUGGAAGCUAAAGGAGGCGCCUUUAUAUAUAGAGAAAUUGUUGUUGCGAGGUUGAGGAGGGUAGAGGAGAACGAAGGAGAGGAAGAGAGAGAAGAGAAGGAAGAGAGAGAAAGAGAGAAUGGCUUGCCUUGUAGCUCGUCAGGGAAGAGGGUUGCAGCGGUAUACGAGCACCGGGGGCCGCGUCGUUGUUGGGUGCAUCCCUUACAAAUUUAAAUUUCAAUGCGACAAGCCCAUCGAUCAAGCGGUAGAGGUCCUUGUGAUCAGCUCACAAAAGGGGCAUGGAAUGAUGUUCCCAAAGGGGGGUUGGGAAAGUGAUGAGAGUAUACAUGAGGCAGUUUGUCGAGAGGCGUUGGAGGAGGCCGGUGUACAAGGACACGUCGAGGUGAGUUUCGUGUUCACAUUGAAACAUGCAUAUAUUUCCUUUUCGUUAAAGGGCGCGCUUCUGAUAAAGGAUUGCUGUGUCGUGGCACAGAGUAAGCUAGGCAAUUGGAAUUAUACGAGUAGAAGAUGCGGUCUAACCUACGAGGGAAUGAUGUUCCCUUUGAACGUUACCGAGGAACUCGGUCAAUGGCCCGAGAUGCAUGCGAGGAAACGGAGAUGGGUGAGUAGAAUCUACGAUGUCGCUUUAUCAAAUUCAUUCGUUCCUCGCGAAAUGAAAGAGCCCACAACUGACUUUCUUUUAAUCCUCGGUGAAACAGGUGACGGCGGCAGAAGCAAGAGCAGGGUGCCAGCAUGUUUGGAUGAUAGAAGCGCUGGACAGUUUGGUUGCGCGCCUCAAGGUGCCAGCAUGUUUGGAUGAUAGAAGAGCAGGGUGAUAUGAAGGAUCGACGCAACGUAGUUAGUUCUCACCACAAUUUUUAGAAAUUGGAAAGCAGAUUUCAAUGCUCAUCAGGUUACUUUGGAGAAAGCUUUAGGCAUAACCACGGCUCCUCCGGAAAUACUCUUAGCUUUUCAGGCAUCUUUUGAGUUAUCUUUCAGUGAAUUCAUGAGUAAAAGCUCUGAAUUAGGGAAAGCAGCUUUUUUUGUUUCUUUUUGUGUUUUUCCUCUUUAUAUCGAUGUGUAAGACACAAGGUGAUUCCCUUGAAAUUCAUUAACGGAAAAGCAACUGUUGUUACCUUA